CAAGAAUGAAAAGUACAGCACAGCCACUGGCCCCCAGCGCAGUCUAUGGGAGUUAGGAAGGUGAUUCUGGAAGCGGCUCGUCUGCCCCCUGCUCACCUCCCCUGCAGGAUGAAACCUCCCCCUGUCCUGACCUUCCUUUGCAUCCUGGUGGCUGUGGCCAGCGGGAACCUGGUCCAGUUUGGGAUUAUGAUCGAAAAGAUGACGGGGAAGGCAGCGCUGCAGUACAACGACUAUGGCUGCUAUUGUGGCCUCGGUGGCUCCCGCUGGCCUGUGGACAAGACGGAUUGGUGCUGCCAUGCUCACGACUGCUGCUAUGGGCGUGUGAAGAAUCUGGGCUGUGAACCCAAAAUGGAGAAGUAUCUCUUCUCUGUCAGCCGGGAUACCAUCGUCUGUGGCGGCAGAACCGCUUGCCAGAAGCAGACCUGCGAGUGUGACAAGAGGGCUGCGCUCUGCUUUCGCCAGAACCUGGACACCUUCGACCGCAAAUACGUCAAUUACCCCAACAAGCUGUGCACAGGGCCCACCCCACCCUGCCCGUCUCGGCGGCCCAGGUUCAGGCUGUUGUAGUCCCAGGCCAGGGCAAGCUUGGAACCAAAGCCCUCCCUCUGGAGAAUUCCCUUCCUGCAAACCUCUCCCACAGAGCUCCCAGGCCCUGGCUUCC